ACCAUCAGAAACAGAUGAAUGGAACUCGUCAAUCCAAUAUCCAGAUGGAAUCGCUACUUAGAGAAACCUGAAAUAAAAAACCAAUUCUAAUAGCGAUUUGUUUUGUACGAUAGUGUAAUAAUAGAAGGUGUUCUUGUUUGCGUGAUAAUAUUGUUGUUUUCUUGUUAUGGCUUCAACGGUAACUGUAAAAAUUGAACCUACAGACUUUGAGGUGGACCCCGACAAAGAGAAAAUUGCCCCAGUAUUAUUACAUGGUCCUGAAUUUAUAAGCGUUAAAAUAGAAGCCGAAAAUGGAGAAGGCACCAGUGUAGAUGACACACUGAUUAACAUAAAAUCAGAGCCCUGUGAAAUUGAGGUUAAACAAGAAUUGGUAGAAUGUGCCUCUGAUUCUCACUUCAUACUACCUGAUAAUGGUCCACAGGAACCAAGUGAAGUAGGUGAUGUUGUGACAGAAGAAGACUUCAACAGGAAUUCAAUAGAGAGUGGGAGAUAUGCGUGUUGCGAGUGCGGCAGAAAAUUCUCAACACAAACCACUCUUCGCACCCACAUAAUACUUCACAACAAGGGACGACUAGAAUGUCAUAUCUGUUUGGUUCGAAUGGACACAUUGAAACACUAUGAAGACCACAUGAAUGACCACAUUAAUGAUAGUAAAUAUUCAUGUCUUGUUUGCUGCAAGAAAUUUAACAAUGCAUCACAUCUAAGAGAACACAUGGUUGUCCAUGAUGAAGAUAAGCCGUACAAGUGUGAUUCUUGCCCAAGGCAAUUCGUUGUUCGAGCUCAUUUCCUCAACCACCAAAAGUCUGCUCGCUGCAAGAAAGGGGGAGAGUUGAGAUGUACAAUUUGUGACAAGGAAUUCCUGAAGAUAUAUUUAUUGAAGAGUCAUUUGAGGAAGCAUACAGAUGAAAGACCAUUCCAAUGUGCUACAUGUAGUAUGUAUUUUAAGCACAAAUCGACUCUGAUUCGACAUAUACAGAUACAUAAUGAUAUAAGGCCGUUUGCAUGUGAGUUCUGUGAUAAAACCUUUACCCAUGCAGGACUCUUGAAGCCUCACAUGAGGAAGCAUACUGGUGAGAGGCCGUAUCCGUGUCCAAAAUGUACGAAGACAUUUGCCCAUAAACACAACAUGCUGAGACAUCUAGCGAGACAUGAAAAAGAGAAGAACUUACAAUGCAAAAUUUGUAAUAAAGUAUUUCCUAGGGAGAGUAGAUUGGUCUACCAUAUGCGUUCCCACACUAACAGCAGGCCGUUUGUCUGUGAUGUCUGCGGCAAGAAGUUCUCACACCGACAGAAUGUUGUGAGGCAUUAUGAGAAGAAGCAUCCGGAUAAGAGUUACACAAGCGAACAGACAGAUGCCAGUGUUGCCAGGAAUGUGUGGUUGAAAGUGCAGAAGAAGUUGCAAGAGGCAGUGGAAUAGAUUAUAGAAUAAAUAAGUAUUAUUCUCAAUGGUUAGAUGUGCUUAACUUAAUAAUAAUACUAUUAUUAAUUUUCUUUGUUGAUUGUUCUUCGGACCUCUGUUACAGUGUUGUAACGACUUAUUAACCUUUACUGGGAGGAUGUAUACUCUUAGAGGAAAAUAAUGUGACUUAUGCGACUUUCGGAUGUAGAGCAACCUUCUAGUAACUAGUUUUAAUGAAUUAUCUGUCACAAGUUCCUAGAAAUCCCAUGUGGAUGUUGUAACAGAGUCUAUGGUCUAUACACAAAGAAAGAAAAAAGUUUAAUUGAAUCAUAUAACUUAAAAUAAACUUAUGAAAGAAACAAACAAAAUCUGAAUAUAUACUAUGUGCUACAAAAACGGUCUUAGAAUUAUUGCUGGUUUGAAAACCAAUGCUGGUCUACCGUUGGGCCAUUUCGUGAUGUCGCUACAAAUAUAUUAUUUUAUAAAGUUAAACUUAUUUUAGCUAAGUGUCUAUCAUCAAAUAAAUGUCAGUAAUUUCAGAGAUUUGUUAGAGCAGGAUGUCUUUUAUCAGAAUUAUAAAAAAUUACCACCCAUUCAGAUUUUUGGAGUGUUCGGAUUAGUAGUACAAAGAAUCCGCAGGGUUUUCUAAAUCAACUAAAAGAAAUAGUUUUGUGAAAGUUUGAAUGUAUAUAACAUAAAAAAUAUGAAAUCUAUUAAAAAUUUUAGGUAUAUAGGUACUUAAUGCUUAGAUAAUCAAUACGGUUAGACAGAGCCUCUUGCUGCUAGACAACCGAUGAAAACAGGCCAUGUUUUUUACAUUAGUGUGCGUGACAAGCUACGUAAGUGUAAGGCACGCACACUAAAGAAAUAAGCCCGACCUGUUUUCAUCGGUUAAUCAGCAAGAGGCUCUGUCUACACGUAUAAAUUAUUUAAAGCUUAGAUUUUUACGAGAGCUGUCUUUCGGAGAACCCGUCGAAUAGUUUACCCGGUCGAAAUAGACAGCAAAUAUUUUAAAUUAUUAUCAAUGCCGUGAAAUUACAAUUUCACUAGUUAUAUUAUAAUUAAACGGUAGAUUGUCAAUCGACUUCAUUUGGACAAUUUUACUGGUCGUUAGUUUAUGAGGCCGUCUCUGAUUGUGUGAUUGGUCUGUUUCUUGUAUAGUUAUUAUUUGUUCAAUAAACACUAGUGUAAUCAACUAACUGUUAUCUAAGCUAAUCGGCCUUUCUUCACUAGUAGGUC